AUUGUUCUCGUAGACCCAGACUGGCAAAACGAGGGCAAAGAACUCCCAAAACAGUUUAUCGUUAAAAUUAUCACUCAAUUGCCGAUGUUGAAGCUAUUGAAAGAAAUGGGAAGAGAUAUCGAUUUUCAAACUAGCUUCGAGGGCCUUUGGGAAAUUUUACACAACAGCGAAGUCUUUGUUUAUGAACAUCUUUUAAAACUUCCACAAGGAAAGUUUCCAGUGCCAAAGUUCAUAACUUCCAUGAAAGAUCUUCGAACAUUUUGUGGAGGUAAACUCUCCGAUAAAGUCGCUAAAGUUGAAGAAGUCGUCCAAGAUAUUAUGGACCCUGAUUGGAUUGACCAACUGGCUGAUGAAUUAGGCACCAUUUGA